AUGAAAGUUUAUUAUUUUUUGUUCUUAUGCGUGUGUUGUGUGAUAAGUAAUGGUGAUAAAGAAUCUGAAGAUGAUAAUAAAAGAAGGAGAUUAAUUGAACAAUUGACGAAAACACGGACGGUGAUUCUCGAUAACUAUCAUUUAGUAACAAGACAAAUCGCUACAGAUGUUUAUAUGUACAGAAGUUAUCGUACUGUGUCUGUUAUAUUUUACCCUAUUAUGAGGGACGUUACCGAUGCUCGUUUUACAUUCCAGUCUGAAGAACUACAUUUAAAUAAUAUAGGUUCCUGCAGUCCAAAAGACGUGAUAAUCAAUAUCAAACACGGCUCGUAUCCAGCGGUCAAUCCAGAUGGGUAUGAUUUUCCGAAGUACUUCGUGGAUCCAGCGUCCAGAGAGCACAUCCAUACGAUAGAACUGCUUUCCGACGGCAAGAACAGGACAUACUCGAUACGAAACCCCAAACCGGGGAACUGGUACGCGUUGGUAUAUAUCAAGUGGGAGGAUCCGAGGUCACAGACGGUCGAACAACAAGGUCUUGUCGCGGACUGUCACACAAUUCUGUACACAGACUUGCAAGUGAAAAGAAAGGAAAACAUCGGACUAAUUGACUGUUACAGAGGAGUGACUGUAGAUUACAAAAAACUGCCAGCCGCUUUCAAAUGCAUGUCUAUUGAUAGCACCGAGCCCGUUAGUUUAAACCUAACAAUUAAAAAUACAUCAAAUAAUAACACGGAAAUCCUCUUCAGGGUACAAUCAUUGUCUUUGCCUACAGACGAUAAUUACAUUAUAUCAUGCUCAUUUGAUCCUAGGUUGAGCAACGCACAAAUAAUCACAUUUAACCCGUUUCCUAAUGCCUGGCAUUACGUGCAACUUGAUUACGUCGUGGGUAAUGCAACCAGAUAUGCUGAUUGCGAAUCCUAUUAUCUCCGUUCAGAUCUGGAAGAGGUCGACAACCAAACGACUUUAGACCUUAUGCGUGAUGAUAAAGGCAGAUUUUUCACGUUCGAUUACGGACUGCCCACGACUGACCUUCAAGAUGCCACAAGUUUAGUGAAUUUGACGUCAGGCGAAGUGAAAAGUUUGAGGUACAAGGUCAAUCAAUUUCUUGAUAUAGGCGGCAAUUUGGCUAUAGAAGCGAGCCUGCUUAUGAGCCUAAAAUACUAUAUGGGGUACAGAAGGGAGUCCAAAAAAGGUGCUCUACUCGCAUUUACUGAAGAUAACCAGUUUUUCAAAGUUGUUAUUUGUUUGGAUAUCGGACACGCUAGUGUGCCAUUAGAAACCGGUCAUUGUAAAUUUAAUGAUCACGUGAAACCAGCUCUGUUCGUAUUGAACAGUACAGACUCUGAAACGAUAUACGAUAGAGUAAUUAUACCAUACCCUGAUAGUGGAACGUGGUAUAUAACUUUACGGCUAUUUUGCGACGAAGUCGUCUGUCCUUGUCCCACAUCAGACAAUGGGACUAAGUAUUAUGUGGAUCCCAACGCGUUAGACAGAGACGAAGAAGACGAUAUAGUUUCUUCGAACAACACCCGACAGGGGAAUAGUGCGUGCAAUGCAACAGCUCUUUUGUCCUUAUCGUCCACUUCGUGUUUGGGCGGGAGGUGUAGCAAUCAUGGCAGCUGCGGACUAAAUACCUUUGGAGGUCUGGUGAUGUCCUUCUGUUCCUGUUCUGCUGGUUAUGGAAGUUGGGACUGUUCAGACGAAUCGAGAAUGGACAGCCGGGUCUACAUGCUUGUCUCCGUCUUGCUGCUGACGCUGAGCAAUCUCCUUUUCUUUUUCUCUAUCUACGUAGCUGUCAUCCGCCUCUACUACACAGAAGCAAUGAUGUAUACCUUCACUAUGGUCUUCUCUACUUUCUACCACGCGUGCGAUGCGCCUGCGCAAGUCGCUUACUGCAUCACCCGAGACGACGUAGCCAGUAGCACUGGCGGGGGUCGGAUAAUGGACUCGCCAAAAACCGCCGUUUGGGGCACUCCACAAUAG